AUGGCGGCGCCCACCGGCGGUCCCGCGCUGUUCGGGAACUUCAGCCGUUAUUAUCAGUUCAACCCGACGGCCGAACGGCUCAGCCUCAUCCCCGCCGCCGCCAUCACUGAGCUGCUGCCGCCCCGCGGCUCCCGGGAGGCCCUCGCCCUGGAUGUGGGCUGUAACUGUGGGGACUUGAGCCUCGCUCUGUACCAGCACCUCGACGGCUCGAGCGGAAACCUGCAGCCGGAGGUUCCGAGAGGGUUGAACCUGAAGCUGUUGGGCUGCGACAUCGACGCCGACCUGAUCCGCAGGGCCGUCGAGUCCAACCCCUUCCCGGAGUCCGUCUCGUACGUUACGCUGGACAUCAUGGACCCCGCGAGGCGAGAGGCCGUGCUCGAGCCCUACCUGGGCGGCUUCGGCCGGCGCUCCUUCGACAUUUGCUUCUGCAUGUCCGUCACCAUGUGGAUCCACCUCCACCACGGCGACCAGGGACUCCUGGACUUCCUGCUCCUCCUGGCCCGGCUCUCGGGGGUCCUGCUGAUCGAGGCCCAGCCCUGGAGGUGUUACCGCUCGGCAGCCCGGAGGAUGCGCAGGCUCGGGCGCAGCGACUUCGACCACUUCAAGAGGCUCUCGAUCAGGGGUGACUUAGCGCAGAGGAUCUCGCACUUUCUGGUGACAGACUGCGACAUGGAGCUGCUUCACUGCUUCGGCAGCACGAGCUGGGACAGGAACUUGCUUCUGUUCAGAAAACUGCCUCCGAAUCAAAGCUGAAACCUGCUGCGCAACGCCACCAGGAACCAUC